AUGACAUACUCCUUCUUUGUCCCCAGGACAUACGUCCUGGCUUUACUCGCGCUUGUAUACGGAGCUUGGGCCGCUGUCCUGCCCGCUCGCGACACCACGAUCACCCUCCCUCCAGGCGCUACCUAUGACCCUGCUACGAACGUAUGGUGCACACCGACAACAUGGACGGAUAUCGGCUCUUUCUUUCUGGGCAACUACCUUUCCCACGCGGCCACCGUCAUUUCGUUUCCCGGGGAGCCUGUCAGUAUAACAAUUGUGAACAUGAUAUUGGCAAUCUUCGUCCCCAGCUCAGGCGCAGGUCGCGGAGUUCUGGCUGUGGUGCGACAUGCCGCUUUUUAUAAAAAUCCGUUUCAGCAAGCCCUUCGCUCGAGAGCUUUUUGCAUGGUCGUUCGUUCGCAGAAAUGGAAGCCGAUGGCUGGGGAGACGCUUCGUUCCAUGUCGUUUUUGUCAAAGGAGCUUCGAGAUGAGGAUAACGACGAGUACGAAGCCUAUAAGAUCAUGUCUAAAAAUACAGAAAAGGUUGGGCAAUACGUGGAAGAGCUAAAAGCACAUCAUGAACCGAUCGAACUCAAGGUGGAAAGCCCGCUAUGGUUGCAAGUAGGUGCUAAUUCUACACGCGUCGAAUUUGUCGGCCGCCAUUACCAAGUCUUCGGAACAUACAAACUACCGGAAGGAUACCAGCUGGCCUACGUCCCUGCCAACGCUAUCGUCGAACCGGUCUCUUUCUCAAGUGACAGCUCAGAUCAAACUGCAGCCCCCAAAUCCGAGUUUGCCCUUACAUCAGCUUACAGUUUUGCGUCCGCCUUGGUAUCAAUCAUCCAGAUUAUCUAUGCGUUGACCGGCUUGUAUCGUUCUCGAGGCAACCAAGUAUCGAAAUAUGGAUAUGCGGCGUUCUCAUUUACAGUCUUACCGUAUGUGAUCAUGUCCUUUGUCAAUUUGCUGGGCAAUUUGGUUACUCCUCGAUACUCAACUUUGUAUCUUGUUCGCUCCGAGAUGAUGGACGAGGCUUCACGGCGCGGAGGUGAAUUUCAAGGAGUUGUCGGUAAUCUUGAAAGUGCGCACCUUGAGGUCGAGGAUACCUUCGUGUUCUCCGCUGCUCUCAAGGAGUCAGCACAAGAGCGGUGGGAGUUUCAACUGGGCGACAAAAUUUAUCUCCCUGGAGAAGUGGAGCCCAUGACUGCCGAGAAACAUGAGCUGGCGUCAAAGUCAGAUGAAGAGCGUAACGAUACCGAUCCCGCAACCUCUCAUGACGUGAAAAAGGCAUUGUCCGCUGAUGAAGGGGAAUUGAAAACCCCCGCACAGUCCUCUGACACUGACGAAACCAACGAAAAGCGACAGCGGAAAAAGAAAAAGUCCAAAAAGGAUAAAAAACCUUUACUCGUAUGCCCUAACUGCUACUACUUCAAAACCGUAAAAGCAAAUCACGCCAAUAUUCUCAGCAUCACCAACCCUAAGCAAUUCCAUUUCAUCGGCGAGUGGCUGAUACGACUUAAGAGUAUCGUUGCAUUGUUGGCCCUUGCCGGUGCCGCCAACGCGGGGGCGGCAUCGUUGAAGGACAUCAAGCACGUUGUUAUGCUGAUGAUGGAGAACCGCUCAUUCCAGCACUACUUCGGUACUAUGGCUGGKGUGCGAGGCUUUGCCGAUCCGAAUGUCCAGAUCAACCCUGACGGCAAAUCGGUUUGGUACCAGAACCUCACUGGCGUCACCACCGAGGCUGAGUAUCUCCUCCCUUAUUGGUUGAACUACCUUGGAGGAGAGGAGAACUACAACAAAAGUCAAUGCCUCUGUGCCGGAGCCAACAACUGGAUCCCUACCCACCAGUCCUUCAACGGUGGUCUCAACAACGCCUGGGCUCAGAUCUCGACUCCUCAGUCAUGGGGGUAUUUCAAGCGUCAGGAUAUCCCAUAUCACUUUGCGUUGGCUGAGUCAUAUACUGUUGCCGAUCGUUAUCAUGCAAGCAUUGCUUCCAACACCGACCCCAACAGAUGGUUCUGGCAGUCUGGGUCUAUCAACGUCCCCGGUGGUCCCCAGCCCCUUGGCGCCGGUGGUGUCGUCCUAGAUGACCAACAGGCCGACACCUGCUCCGGUGUUAACUUGGACUGUCUCCCCCUUAAAUGGCCCGCCUUCGCCCAAUACCUGGACGAAGCCGGCGUCAACUGGCGCUCCUAUCAAAACUCCUACAACUGGGCCACCAACAAUGGUCUCUUCUACUUUGAGGCAUUUCAAAACGCAUCCACCAACUCUAGUCUGUACGAGCGUGGUCUCGCCUUUGACGGUGACAAUGGUCUUGAUGCUUUCAAGGCUGCCGCUGCUGCCGGUACUCUUCCCGAAGUCAGCUGGGUGUUCCCUCCUGGUGCACUUCAGGAGCAUUCGCCGAAUACUCCUAUUGACGGAUCGUGGUUUAUUAACCAGGUUGUUGGCUCGGCUAUCAAUGGAAAGGAUAGAGAGGAGACCGUCAUCCUUCUUAACUACGAUGAGGGUGGUGGUUGGGGUGAUGCUGUCUUGCCCCUUGUUUCUCCCAACGGUACCGCUGGUGAAUGGUUUGAAGAUCCUUAUGGAACUUUGGGCUACACAUUCUCCGGUCCUGGUGUUCGUAUCCCCCUUUUGAUCAUUUCUCCCUUCACUCGUGGUGGCCACGUCUUUACCGAACGUUCGGACCAUUCUUCCAUCAUUCAGUUCCUCGAGCAAUACCUCACCGCCAGAGGAUACAAGAACAUCGUCACCCCUCAACUCAACGAAUGGCGCCGCGGGCACAUGUCCGACCUCGUCAACGCCUUUGACUUUGAGAACCCCGACUACAGCAUCCCCAACCUCCCCACCCCCAACACCCCCAUCGCCAACUCCGCCGGCGAACUAAUCGGGAUGUACAGCGGCUUCUGCGACAUCGAAUGGACCGGCUCCUGCUCCGGCAGCGAAUACGUCUCGGGCAUCCCCUACGGCAACCAAACCGAAGAAGAAGCUCUCUACUUCGAGGACGGCUUCAAGGGUAUCCGCGGCUACAUGACCGAGGGCCACUACCUCGUCUUUGAGUACAAAGGGUACGCUUUGACCAACGAGGGCGGUAAAAGCAACACUCUAGCGACCAGCAAGGCCACCUCAACACACAACGCAAAGAGCCAGAGAUGGGUUCUCAAGGCUUUGAGUGCGGAAGGUACUACGUUCAAUAUCUACAGUGCUGUUGAUGGACGAUACCUUACUACUGGAAGUACAUUCACCACGAAUGCUAAGAACGCGGAGACGUACAACAUCACGUAUCUUGGUAGUGGUGAGUAUGCUAUUCAGGCUGCUAAUGGUGUCUAUCUGGAGAUUAAUGGAUCGGGUAAGCUCAAGUAUUCGAAGAAACCGAUUGGUUUCAGCGUUUACAGUGUUACCUACCAUGACUAG